AUGGCUCUCCAAUUCGUCACCCUCGACGUCUUCACGUCCCAUCGACUUCAAGGCAACCCCCUCGCCGUAGUCACCGUCCCGGCAGCGCUCAAAGACAGCCUUACACAAGCCACCAAGCAGAAGAUCGCGCAGGAGUUCAAUCUCUCGGAAACGGUAUUUCUGCACGAGGCAGCAGAGUCGGACGCUGGGAACCAAGAGCGCCACAUCGAUAUCUUCACUAUCGAGCAGGAGAUCCCGUUUGCCGGCCACCCGACCAUCGGCACCGCGGUAUUGGCGAAAUACCACCUCCAUCCCCACGUGCACACUCUCGUCACGAAAGCAGGCCCCAUUGGCAUCGCUCCGCAGCCGGGGAACCGCGUCCGCGCUAAGAUCCCGCAUGACGUGCAUCUGCACGCGCGGACGCUCGCGGACGUCGUCGGCGAAGUAGCGGCGGCGCCGGGGCUCUCGCCCGACCCGCAGAUCCGGGAGGCGGAGCUGCGGGCCCCGGUUUUUAGCGUUGUUAAGGGCAUGACGUUUGUGCUGGUGCGGCUGCCGUCGCUGGAACUGCUCGCGCGCGUUAGCACGGGGUACAGGCUCGACUUUGGUAACUUGCCUAAACCAUUGUUGGACGAGGGGCCCUGGGGGGAUAGUUUCGUCUGUCGGUAUUACUACGUGGAUGUGGGGGGCGAGGUGGAGGAGGAGGAGGACGGCGGCGACGGCGCCAGGGUUAUCCGCGCGCGCAUGGUGGAGGUGGGGUUCGAGGACCCGGCUACGGGGAGCGCGGCGUCGGCGCUGGCGGCGUAUCUUACGCUUGGGGAGGGGAAGGCGGGGAGGAGGUUUAGGGUUACGCAGGGGGUGGAGAUGGGGCGGAAGAGCGAUAUUAGUGUUGAGACUACGACGAGGGAGAGGGAGGGUGCUGAUGGGGGGGUUGAGUUGGUGGAUUUGUGGCUGGGUGGGACGGCGGUUGUGGUGUUGAAGGGAACUUUGACGCUUGAUGGGGUUGUCUGA